GCGACUUCCCUGUUCAACGGCACGACAGACAGGCGCUCAGUAUUUGAGGAAGAAAUCGCACGUUAUCAGUCAAAAGAGGAGCAUUAUUAGCUGGGGAUCCAGCCCAAGGUCUUGAGGAGAUACAGUGCGAGCUGCCUGUUCUGUACUCUCCUGGGGGAUUUCCCAGGAUGCAUCACUUCUGGAGCCUGUCCCUGUGUGCCCUGGAGGUCCUGUGUCACCUCUCCUCAGCUGUCAGCCUCAAUGACACCUGGGAGGAGUGGAAGGCCCAGCACGGCAGACUGUACCGCAACACGAGAGAGGAGACUCACAGGAGGCAGAUAUGGGAGAAGAUGGUCCUGAUGCUGCAGAGACACAACCAGGAGGCCUUGCAGGGUCAACACUCUUUCAUGCUGGGGGUCAAUCACCUCACUGAUAUGACCACGGAGGAAAUCAACACCUUACACAGCUGCCUGCUUCCGGAGGACCCCUCCCUCCAUCAGAACGUCACCUCCAGCCCCCAGAUAGAGGGACCUCUCCCUGCCACUGUCAACUGGGCCGAGAGGGGCUUGGUCAGUGAUGUGCAGAAUCAGGGCACGUGUGGUUCCUGCUGGGCCUUCAGCUCUGCGGGGGCUCUGGAGGCCCAGAUGAGGCUGAGGAGGGGCCAGCCGCUGACGGCCCUCAGCCCCCAGAACUUGGUAGACUGCACCACCCCCUUCGGUAACCACGGCUGCAGGGGCGGCUACCUCAGCAAGUCCUUCGUCUAUGUCAUCCACAACAAGGGCAUCGACUCGGCCAGCUUCUACCCCUAUGAGCAGAGGGAAGGCGAGUGUCGCUACUCUGUGAGAGGGAGGGCGGGAUAUUGUAAGGAUUUCCACAUUCUUCCAGCGAGGAAUGAGAAGAUCCUACAGCAAACAGUAGCCCACGUGGGCCCAGUGUCUGUGGGAGUCAACGCCAUGCUACCCUCCUUCCACCAUUACAGAAGCGGUGUAUACAGUGAUCCUCAGUGCAACGAGAAGUUGACCAAUCAUGCUGUUCUGAUCGUGGGGUAUGGCACAGAGAAUGGACAAGACUACUGGCUGGUUAAGAACAGCUGGGGACCAGCAUGGGGAGACAAGGGAUAUAUACGCAUGGCCCGCAACAAAAACCAAUGUGGCAUCUCCAACUUCGCCAUUUUUCCAACAGUCUGAAACUCUGUUCAAGAUCAGUCUGAAAAUCUUUCAAGAUUUCCAUAUAGUAGCCUGUAAACAUGCAUAGUCUAUCAGUGUGUGUGUGUGUGUGUGUGUGUGUGUGUGCGUGCGUGCGUGCGUGUGUGUGUGUGUUUUUUAAGUUAAGCUACUGUUUUCAUAGGCUAAUGUAUUAAAAAAAGAAUAAAUUAUUAAAAUUGUUCUUAUGUUGCUCAGUAGACCACCUAAAUUGUUCUUGUUUAUUUUGUUGGUUGUUUUUUUUUUGUCUGCAUGGUAGGCCUAGGGCAGAGACCUGAAAAUGGCAUGAAUUUCACAGGCCUGUGCAAUAACCUUUGCCAAAACAAUGUAACAAUGAUACAUGUUUGACUUUUUUUGUAAGUCUAUCAGAAUAAAAGCAAGGCACAAUAAAAAACUUAUUUUGUUAGUUAAAGUGGCCCACUGCAAUAAAUGAGACUACUUACAAGAAAUGUGAUA